AUGUCAACUACCAGCAACAACGAUUACUAUUAUUGGUAUUCCUCUUCCUCUUCUAGCUCUUAUGAUGAGGAUUCCAAAGCUCUUGUAGCCAAAUCGAAAGCUAAGACCACUCAUGAUGAGGGAACAAAGCCUAGCAUACCCUUGAAUGAUCGAAGGGUCACUUAUGCUGAACUUAUGAAGAGAAAGGCUGAAGAUGAUGAAGCAGGGAACCGUCAACGCGAAAAGGACCAAAUUCGGCGUCGAAUACAAGCAACUGAGAAGAGACGUCAAUUCGAUUCUGACGCUGAUGCUUGCAAAGAGGAAGCUGAGUGGGUGUUUCCAGAGCGUAAGAUCAAGCCUGACCGAUAUGAAAGGGAGUUCCGGAAGACCAUGAAGCAAAUUGAAGAUGAAGCUGAAGUGGAAGAAGAUUCGGACUUAGAUGAUGAUCUUGAUGCCUAUCCGGACUUCAUCGACGGUCCUGACGCUGAUUCCGACGAAGAGGAAGACAAUGAUGACAAAUCUGAUGACUCAGAUGAUGAGAAGGACAGUGAUGACGAAUCUGAAAAUUCGGAUGAGUCUGACGAGUAG